AUGUCGAUGCUGAUUUCCGAUGACGAUGUUGAUGGCCUGGACUUCGAAUCGAUCGAUCUUGAUGAGGAAGAACCGCGUCCGAGACACUUCAAACAAACAGGAAAGCGCAAGGCCCAACCCAGUCACGACAAUGACGACGCAAGCAUGCCCCGAGCAGUGCGCCAACGACCCGGAUUGGAAGAGUCAAGUGCGCCGGAUGACCUCUCUUCACGUCGAGCCAACGAAGAUGAAGAAAGGAAGUCGGAGGAACAACAUGACACACCGACUUCCUCCGCGUUUUGGCAUGCGAGUGCAAACGCCGUCGAAGCAGCGGUCGAUUUUUCGGAGCCGUCGACAUUUGAAGAAGCAGUGUCUGGCCCGGACCAAGUACACUGGCGCAAGGCAAUUGAUGCGGAGCUCGAUUCGAUGAAGCUUCGCGGUGUCUUUCGUGCGGCCAAGUUACCCAACGGACAACGCGCCUUUGGCACAAAGUGGGUCUUCAAGAUCAAGCGCAAGGCGGAUGGGUCGAUCGAGAAAUACAAGGCACGACUUGUGGCCAAGGGUUUUCGCCAAAAGUAUGGCAUCGACUACACGGAGACGUUUUCGCCUGUGGUCAAGUAUGUGUUGCAUUGUAGAUCGGAGCGAGGAAAGCGGAGCGGAGAGACCGAAGAGAGUAGAGCAGAAAACACUUGCCCAAUAGUUGGAAGAUUCGAAAGUGAUUGA